GCGAGGAAGGGAUUUCGGGGCGUUUCCAGGAAGAGGCCGCUUGCAUUUUCCUGUAAUGGCGGAGCAGGCAGAGAGCGAAGCGAUCGGAUUCGGCGACAACAGGAUGGCCCAGCAGGCCGUUCACUUCCGCGGAGCCGUCCCGGCGACGGGCGCCGCGCCCGUCACUGCCGCCGCCGCGCCGGCGCCCGCCCAGACGCCGGUGCUGCGCGGCCCGCCGCCGCUUCUCAGGCCGCCGCCGCCCCCCUUCGGAAUGAUGAGGGGACCGCCGCCGGCUCGCCCCCCCUUCCCGCGGCCGCCCUUCGACCCCGGCAUGCCCCCCAUCCCGCCGCCGACGGGCAUGCCGCCCCCCAUCGGACCACCCCACCUGCAGAGACCCCCGUUUCUCCCCCCUCCCAUGGGCAACCUUCCGCCCCCUCCGGGGAUGCUCUUUCCUCCCGGGAUGCCGCCGGUCCCGACCGCCGCCGGCCCCGCGCCCAACCCCGCCGAGGAGAUCUGGGUGGAGAACAAGACGCCCGAGGGCAAGGCGUAUUACUACAACGCUCGCACCAGAGAGUCGGCGUGGACUAAACCGGAGGGUGUGAAAAUCAUCCAGCAGGCGGAGCUCAACCCCGUGCUGGUGGCAGGCACGGGCGGCGGCGCGGCGGGGGCCGCCGCGACGGGGGCCCCCGGCGCGGGAGCCUCGGGGGGCGCCGCGGUCAUGGGCUCCGCCGCCGCGGACGCGGCCGCCUCACCCGUUAGCGCGCCCUCCGGCGCCCCGUCCUGCACGCUCAGCUCCAGCCCGGACCCCGGCGCCACCCUGGCCCCCUCCGUCACCGUCGCAGCGGCCAGCGUCGUCGCGGACCUGGCCCCCCCCUCCACCGUCGCCGCCAGCUCCUCUGCCGCCCCGGUGGCGGCGGUCGCCGCGGUGACGGCGUCGGCGGCGCCGUCCCCCGUCGCGGCCGUGCAGACGACGCCGCUGCUGUCGGCCGCCCUGCCGCACGGCGUGGCCCAGCCCGCCGGCGCCAUCCCGGCCUUCCCGCCCGUCAUGGUGCCGCCCUUCCGCGUGCCCUUGCCGGGCAUGCACAUCCCCCUGCCAGGUGUAGCAAUGAUGCAGAUAGUUGGCGCUCCUUGCGUCAAGGCGGGCCCCGGCGCCAACGGAAUGCUGCCCGGCAUGGGGCCCCCGCUGGUGUCCAUGAUGCACCCCCAGUUGGCGCUGUCGGCGGCCCCCGCCGCCGCGCUGCAGCUGCCCGAGUGGUCCGAGUACCGGACGGUGGACGGCAAGACGUACUACCACAACAACCGCACGCUGGAGUCCACCUGGGAGAAGCCGCAGGCCGUGCUGGACAGAGAAAAAGAAGCGCAGAGGGCCAAGGAGCGGCUGGCGCAGGAGGAGGCCGAGGCCAUGGAGAUGGAGGAGGAGGAGGCCAAAAUUCUCUGCAUCAACAGCAAGCAGGAGCGCAAAGAGGAAGAAAUGAGCGAGGAGGAGAAGGCGGCCCAGAAAGCUCGCCCGGUGGCCACCAACCCCAUCCCGGGAACGCCCUGGUGCGUGGUGUGGACGGGCGACGAGCGCGUCUUCUUCUACAACCCCACCACCCGGCUGUCCAUGUGGGACCGACCCGACGAGCUGCAGGGACGCGCCGACGUGGACAAACACAUCCAGGAGCCCCCGCACAAGAGGGGCCCGGACGACGCCAGGAGAGCGGUUUUCAGCAAGGACGAGCCCGAGACGUCCCCGGCCGCCGACGACGCCCACGACGAGGAGGCCUCCAAAGCCAAGAAGAGAAAGAAGGACGACGCCAACGAGGCGGACUCGGAGAAGGAGGCGGUGAUGGAGGCGGAGAUCCGGGCGGCCCGCGAGAGAGCUGUGGUGCCCCUGGAGUCCAGGAUGACGCAGUUCAAGGACAUGCUGCUGGAGAGGGGGGUGUCCGCCUUCUCCACGUGGGACAAGGAGCUGCACAAGAUUGUCUUUGACCCUCGAUACCUUCUGCUCAACCCCAAAGAACGCAAGCAGGUGUUCGACCAGUACGUCAAGACCAGAGCGGAGGAGGAGAGGAAGGAGAAGAAGAACAAGCUGAUGCAGGCCAAAGACGACUUCAGGAGGAUGAUGGACGAGGCCAAGCUGCCGGCCAGGACCACCUUCAGCGAGUUUGCCGUCAAACACGGCCGAGACCCGCGCUUCAAGAGCAUCGACAAGAUGAAGGACAGGGAGGCCAUCUUCGUCGAGCACCUGGCCGCCCUCAGGAAGCGAGACAAGGACGACUCCAAGUCCCGAGGGGAGAAGGUGAGGCAGGACUUCUUCGAGAUGCUGAGCGACCAGCACGUGGAAGGAGGCCAGCGCUGGAGCAAAGUCAAGGAGAGGAUGGAGACGGACCCCCGCUACAAGGCGGUGGAAAGCUCCGCCCUCAGGGAGGAGCUCUUCAAGCAGUACCUGGACAAGCAAGCCAAGAGCCUGGACUUGGAGAAGGAGCGCGAGCUGGAGCGCCAAGCCCGCAUCGAGGCCAGCCUGCGGGAACGCGAGCGCGAGGUCCAGAAGGCCCGCUCGGAGCAGACCAAAGAGAUCGACCGCGAGCGGGAGCAGCACAAGCGGGAGGAAGCCAUCCAGCACUUCAAAGCGCUCGUGUCCGACAUGGUGCGCUCGUCGGACGCCACCUGGUCGGACACGCGGCGCAACCUUCGCAAAGACCACCGCUGGGAGUCGGCCUCGCUUCUGGAGCGCGAGGAGAAGGAGAAACUCUUCAACGACCACGUGGAGGCGCUGGCCAAGAAGAAGAAGGAGCACUUCAGGCAGCUGCUGGACGAGACCACCGCGAUCACGCUGACCACCACGUGGAAGGAGGUCAAGAAGGUCAUCAAGGAGGACCCUCGAUGUAUCAAGUUCUCCUCCAGCGACCGAAAGCGACAGCGCGAGUUUGAGGACUACAUCAAAGACAAGUACAUCACGGCCAAAGCCGACUUCAGAACCCUCCUGAAGGAGACCAAGUUCAUCACGUACAGGUCCCGCAAGCUGAUCCAGGAGUCGGAGCAGCACCUGAAGGACGUGGAGAAGAUCCUGCAGAACGACAAGCGCUACCUGGUGCUGGAGUGCGUCCCCGAGGAGCGCCGCAAGCUCAUCAUGUUCUACAUCGAGGACCUGGACCGCCGCGGCCCGCCCCCUCCGCCCACCGCCUCGGAGCCCACGCGCCGCUCCACCAAGUGACCCCCUCCCCGGCCGGCUCCCGCCCGCCGCCUGCGCUUCCGCCGGCCCUCGGGGGAAAAUGGCCGCGGCGCCGCAAACUUUCCCGGGGAAUUGAUGGCGGGCGGGCGCAACGUUGCGACUUUUGCAAGUUUUGCCAGGAGCCGGCGUCCGUCCCCGCACGAGGACGACGCCGGCGGCACCCAGCGCCGUCGAGCUACGGCUUGACCCGCGCGACCUUUCGGCUUCGUCCCCACCGAGUCCCGCGGAGAGUUUCCGGCUCGCCUCACUUUUGGAAGCUUGUCCGAGUCGAGGUCGCCGGGUCGCCUUUGACCCUUCACGUCUGCCUUGAGGGACGAGCGCGACGCGGCCGCGCUCCGGUCUGCGGCCGCCGCCGCGCGAUAUCGCUCACGUAAAUCAUCUUCGGCGCGUUGAUCGGAGGUGAGCCCCCAAGCCUUACGGUGCCGCCACCGUCCGGAAUGUUCCCCGGUUUGUCUCCGCGUUCUAAUAAACUUGAUUUCUCGUCUUUUUCAAA